CCAAGAUGGACGACUAUUAGAAUAACUUAUUACUGAUGAGUACAAAAUAGAUAGAGUUAGUGUGGCGACAUGGAUGUGUUUGGACAUAUUUCUAUAUUCUGUUUUAUUCUGGUGUUUCCUAUAGCGGAAAGUAGAAAAAUACUGAUCACGGACGAUGAUUUAUAUUUAGAAACUAUCCAUCUUGAUCAUCUUCAUCCGCAAAUCCGGCCAAAGCGAUCUACGGAUAAUUUCGCCUUUCCAUUGGAAUUUUUAUUCCAUUUUAUCCUACAAGGAAAACCUAUGGCGAUUCAGCUCUACCGACAGGAAUUCCAGGGAAUUCCAACAUUUAAAGUGACCAAUUCUAGAUUCUCUAAUCAACGGAUGCGUCGAUCUUUAAUGACACAUGCGAUGUACCAAAACCCCAAGGAAGGUGCCUCGGUCACCAUGCAUUGUGCUAACCUUACAUCGGUUUCUUGUGAAAUGUACGGGACAUUUAUGUAUGAGAACGAGACCUAUCAGAUCCAGCCGUUAGGAGAUGGGAUAUAUUCUCCGUACGAAAUAAGUCGCCUCAACCUACGAGAACGCCGAUUUAUUGACGUAGGCGGUGAUCCCGUCAAAAUUACAGAGCUUAUUGGAGGGAGCGAUAAAUUCAACAACUUUAAAAAACAGCAGAUAGAGAAUUUUCGGAAGAAGAGAGCCGUCGACACAACAUAUGUGGCUGAGAUGCUCCUCUGGAUCGAUUUUUCUGUCUAUCAAAGGAUUCUGGCCGUGGCGGGAACGGAGGCUCGGGCAGGCGUCAGCAUAAUAACAUACGCGAUAUCUCUCAUGAACGACGCUGAUACCCGUCUCAGAAACAUUGAUGUACAGUUUAAAGAAAUCGGGUCGUCGGCCUCCUUUAGUUGUAGUUUAAUGAUAGCUCACCUAGAAGUGUGCACGGUAAGGGUCACCUGUGCUUGGUCCGAAAGUUUCGUCUCCAACGGAGUUAUCACAGCUAAUGACGAUUUUAUGACAUCUUGUAUAAAUGCUGUCCUUGUCCUGGAACAAACCAAAGGUUUAGAGGAUAAGUACGAUUUCGUCAACAUGUUAACUUCGUACGACGUCGUUGACGAGACCGGGCAGUCAGGUUGUGGGGCUAUAUUUAGACGGGACUUAAUGUGUCGUUCUAUACCCGCUGCACGACUAAGUCUCACCAUGACAACAGGAGGAGGCAUGGGGUACAAUACUGCUCAUUUCUUUGGGAUGCACGUUGGGGUGGUAGGUGAUUCUCGCAGUACGGGAUGUACGUCGGAUGACCAAUUCGUAUCGGCCUACAAAUGGGACACAUCGUUGAUGAAUGAGGCGAAUGCUCUUAACCCCUGGCGAUGGUCGGCCUGUGCCCUAGACCAGAUUGAACAGUCCAUAUUGGAAGAUAUCAGCUACAUCACCUGUAUGGAGGACCAGAACUUUUUGACAAUUGACUUUGAUAAUUUCCAAGCACAAGAAAGACUGGGAUUGACUACUAACGCCUCCGUUCAGUGUAAAUGGGCAUUUGGUGAUAUAUCCGAUUAUUGUGGGGUCCAGACCGAGGCUAUAUGCUAUGAAGGACUGGAUUGUACUAAUCCCGCCAACAAUUUAGAGUGUGACCUGAACGUGUACACGUUAGAUGGGAGUGCGUGUAACUCGGAAGGCAACCAGAGAGCUAUUUGCGUGGUGGGAUUGUGUACUACAUUUUCAACAACAAGUACUACUACACCAACAACUACAACCACGACACCAACCACUACAACCACGACACCCACCCCAACAACCACGACAACAACGACUACAACCACGACACCAACAACUACAACC